AUGGCGGAACAAGCAUCCACUGGCAACCUUUUUGCCGAAGGGGAAGAGAACACUGUCGACGAAAUAAAGAAACCCGGUGCGUCGGCGGCCGAUAAGACAUCUGGAGUCUCGCCAAAACAACACAUUGAUGAUAUAGAAAAAUGGCUCCAGGAGAAUCUAAAGUCUAUAAUACCGCCAGAUAUGCAAUCCAUGUACAUCAAUAAAAACAACAUUCUCUUCGCUUUCAAGAGUGAGAGUUCGGAGCAACAGAUCGCCGCUCAAUGCAAGGAAUGGAUAUCCCAACUCACCAAGGGUGGAAGGAGGUCUGUGCUGUCCAGCUUUGACGUGUCAGCGCCGUUUAACAAAAUCGCAAACCAUCGCUUGGAGGAAGCGAGGAAGCGGGUGGCACUCGACUACAAGACUGAUCCGUCGUUCAUAAGGGUGAUAGAUGUGAAAACUGGAAAAUACAUACUCUCGAACCUUCUAAAGGCGGCAGCGGAGCAAAGGGCAGGAUUGCUCAACUACGUCGAGUACGUCCGCAGAAACAUUGACUUGCUGCCUCUACCGGAAGAACUGAAUAGAUAUGCACUCACGCAAAAACUCGCCUACGAGGGGGCCAGGAAACAUCUCUGGUUUCUGUUGGGAUUAGCCGAGGAACUAAAGCUCGUGCAAAAGUCUAAGUCAUUCACGUUCAAGGUAGCUCCUGUAAAAAAUGGAAAUGACCACAAUCCGUUUCUUCUGGACAAACAUGUUACGGCGAAGUGGCUGAAUAUCAGGCCAAAAGUCUUGAUUGGAAGCCCCGCGCCCGGGGCUGACAGAACUGCAGAGGAAUCGAAAAUGCUGAAUUCCAUGUAUCAAGAAGACUUCGCCAGUGGUUCCAUCAUGCGGGAAGAUAGUAGCUCGUUUGCAGUGCCAGGUGACAGCUCCCAGGCGUUGUCAAGUUUCAAAAUGAUGGACAUGAUGCAGGACUCUGCAUUAUCGAAUACACAAUUGAUGAGCACAUUCGGUAUAAACGAAAGCGUUGGACCAUUUGGCGAUUUUAACGCAGAUGUUUCCAUGUCCAAUCUGUUCAACUUCGACGAAUCACUGCUGGGCAGCCGCCGCAUGGACUCAUUCAAAGGGUCGAUUAGCGGGAGCAGCUGGAAGGCGUUGGAACAAUCCAAGAUAAAGAAAACGAAGGUCGCCAAUACACAGAAGGUGGACACCGUACAGAAGUUUCUAGAGAAAAUCGGAAAUAAACGAACGAGUAACGAGUUGAAAAAUGCAAUCAAUACUGUCACCGUGCUUGAGGCUGCGUGCAAGUUAUUCGGAACGGGGCCAAAGUGGUCAAACCCGGACAAAAAUGAGUUCGAUGCUGGCAACAAGAGAAAUGCCCUAGUUUACGUCAUGCCUCCUAGGGGGAUAAAUCAAAACAGCAUAGCGUAUAACUACCUCCUUCAGUACAAAUCCAUCCAUCAAAAGCUCAAUGGGGGAGUCAGGCAACAACACGCCGUCUCCUACGGCCUUAUCACAUUAGGGCAAUCGGCGCCUGGGGAACCAGUCUCCUCGUUUCAAGUCAACUCCGCGCCAUGGUCGAGUGAAAAAUAUGGCGACAAAUGGAAAAAACUGGCUUCAUGCGUCGGCAAAUCUCCAUGGAUGAAUACAGCGUAUCAACCGAUACAAAAUACGGACACCACCAACGCGGAUGAACCAGUGAAACAGGGUUGCGUGGAAGAGGUAAAAGGCGGCGAAAACCCGAUAAUCAGUGAGCAACAUGAGGCACCUCUGUUCAGCGAGCAUCAAGAUCCGUCGGAGCCUGGAAUACUUCCAGAGGAGAAUAAUGGGCGCGAACAUGAGACACAGACGAACGAAAAGGACAACCCGGCAACUGUAAUCGUUGAUGUGAGUCAUUCUCCUGUACAGGAGUCUGAAGAAACUGUUGCCACUGCCGUUUGUGAUGAAAAUGAUAAGAUGAUGGUAGAGGGCACAAGCGUAGAAAUGGCGACGGAGGAGCAACAUCCCAGCGUAGAGAACACAACUAAGGCCCCUGUGGACGACUCUCGAGAUAAGGUCCAUGCAGGCGGUGAUUUUGAGACCGAAGUUGAAACUGGUGAACUUAAGCAACAACCCGUAGCCUCUACGGAAAAGGAUACGGAGGACAACCGAAUAACUUCACAGAAAGCAGAAGCCAGAAACGUUGAGCCAUUGAGACCACAUGAUAUGUCCUUUCCUGGCAGACAGAUGAAACUCACAGAGCUUUUCCGUUACGUAUAUACAAAAAUGAAAAAGGUCAAACCGUUGCCGGAAGUCUCGCCCGAAUUGAUUGGGCGAGCAAAGCAUCGCUUAAACCGGAUGGAAGAGGAUCAAACUCGUGAUCUGAAUAUAACGGGGAAGAGGAAACGGAUACUUGAUGAGGACCUUCUGCCAGAUGCAAUCACACUCAACUACGCGCAAAUCAACAAGAGCGUUACAGCGGAUGAAAGCCCAAAUAAUGCUGAAGAGGCCCCGGGUGAAACCCCAAAUGUUCAACGUGACUCUAAUGUUGUUACUGAUGUCCAUAAAACACACAAGAAGGAAAGAAUCAGGAAAAUGAGAGAAUUCGUGAAAAACAUGUUCGAGGUGGAAGCCGAAGAGAGUGAAGACGAAAACCUCUCAGAUCCAGAAGAUAUACGCAAAAAGUUACAGCUGCUCAAAGAACGAUUGCAGCACUCAUCAGGGGAGUCGGAAAGUGACUACGAAAGCGACUCGGAUGUGGCCGAAGAGAUGAAAGAUUUUAUUGCAGAAGUAGAAACCUUUAACGCGGAAGACGAAGAGCUUGCCAAACAAAGGUUUUACGCCGAUAUUAAGCAGCAAGAGGAAAACGAGCUCUCGAAGCUUAUGCCACUUAAGGAACGGAGCGAGCGAGAGUUAACCAGAAGGGAGGAAAGGAUGAAGUUGCUAAUGCAACUCAAAAAGGCAAAACACUUGCACGACAUACAAGAUCUUCAUCCCAGCGACUUCGAAUCGUCGGACGAAGAAGAUGGAGAGAAGAGCGCGCAUGGAAAGCCCAAGAGGCGCAUCAGCAAAGCCGAACUUGAACAGUUGUUGAGAUUCAAAACUGGGGGCAGUGACAUCAGCGCAAAGAUUUCGGAGACCGAUGAAUUGCGUGUUUUCAUAGAGUCAAAGCUGCAGGGAUCGAACAAGCACACAGAUGAGGCUCCAACUGUGCGAAACCAAAUAGAAAGGGUGACGAACAGCAGACGAGACACAAUCGAUAACCUGCUUUCCUCAAGAGCUAGUGCAAACAUAUUCGGGGAAAACGAAGAGAAAUCGGCUGCCAAGACAUCGCCCUUCGGAGUGCCCUCAACGAUCAAUCGCAACCUAGCCGCAGACCCUCUCGGAUGUUCUUCUAAGCAGCAGUCUACCAUUGUUAUGAAGUCGUUUAGAUUGAAUCAAUCGAUGAUGAAGCCGCUCAACAGCACCAAUAUCAGGAACGUCGGGGGAUUCACGGGAUUCCACAAACCAGAGCUUCCGCCUAAUGGCGUACAAAGUCAGAACUUAGCUCAGAAAGGCAGUAAAGCCAACACAUUCAAUAAAUUUUGA